AUGAUAGUAGGGUGUGAAACAAUUCAAGAUCAAAUCAUGUCAACUACUUCUGAAACGCCAUCAACUGAUUCAUUCGAGGAUUUCCCCGAACAGUAUAUGUUAAACUUAUUAGAUUCAGAUAAAAAAAGAUUUAAGGAUGAAAUUUUAGAUUUGGUUGAGCAAAAGUAUCGAUUAGAAUUUAUGAAGAUUAAAGAUGUUGUUGAUGAUUGUUACAGCCGUAUUGAAAAAUUAGAGCAAUCUAUCUUAAAUCGUUCCCCACUUAAACAAGAUUUGGAUAUGUUGAAAACUAGUGAACCAAUCAAUAAAGUCAAGUUACUUAGAACUUCAAUUAACAAGAUUCAUCAAGAACUUGUCAUUAUGAGUCAAUAUGUUGACAAGUUAGAGGAAGAGAUUGAAGAUUUAAAAAAUUCUACUGUUCCAAAACCGAAAGUAGAUGAGUCGCCAAAGCAAUUAUUCUCUGAAAAAGUUCGGGAUCUCAUUAAUUAUUCUUGCUAUAUUGUAUCAUUUAUGUAUCUUAUCUUUGGUCAUGCCGUUUUAUUGAUUUUUGGUCCAGAACUGAAGGCUGGUAGUGGUUUUAGAAAUAUUUUUAAGAUGUAUUACCCAUUAAACGCUAUCAUUUGUGCUGCAAGAUUGUUUCAAGAGGACAAAAAUAUAGGUCAGUGGGUAUUAGGAGCUCUCUUAUGUGUUAUUUUAGGAGUUGUAAUCUGA